GCCCGCCCGCCGCCACCAACGAACCGCCCUUCCUCCCUAAAUCCCCUCGCCCACGAUCCCAUUGGCGCAGCCAGCCGGGUUCCCGUCGGCCACCUCCUCCCCGCCGCGCCCCCGGCGAUCCCCGCCCGCCGCCCGCGCGGCCCGGCGCCGGCUCCGGCCUGGCCUCUCCCCGCCGUCGCUUUCCUGGGGGAUUUAGACACUUCGAUCGACAAGACCGCCCCGGCCGUUGCUCAGGAUAGCUGACAAGUUUGCAUAGUCACCAACAUGGAGAUUAUUGACUUGUGUUCAGAUAGUGAGGACGAUGUUAAAUUGUGUUCAAAAGGCAAAGGCAUCACUCACCUGUGCUCAGAGGACAGAAAAGACAAUGUUGUCCCUAUAGAUGGAGUUGACUCCUCUCUUCUUUUACUCAACACGCCGUUUGCCAAGAAUAAUGCACAACAGCCAAUCACUUUGGAUGAUGAUGAUUGGAUAAGUAGCAAUCACGCUUCAUGCUCUUAUAGAUCUCCGGCUGGUUCGUCACACAGGAUCUAUCCUCUCUCAAGUUCUUCGCUGAUGCUAUAUGAUUCCUCAUACGGUAAAACCAAGCAGGAAAUUGAUGAUGAUGAUGAUAUCUAUAUGUAUUCUGUUCCGCCUCAAUCAUUUCCAAUCAGUCAUCCAAGUUUGAGUGACGAGGAGGAUCUUACUGCAAGGUUUAAUUAUGUUGGAACAAGUGCUGAUGAUGGAACUGGGAUGUUUUCAUCUGCAACAUCAGUAGAUUGGAAACCACCUUUUGGUAGCAGCCAGGUCAAAACUGAUAGCGAUAAUGAUGAUGUCUAUGCGUAUGAAGGCCCACAUUCACAUAGGAUGUUUCCUCCAUCAAUGCCGUCCUUUAAUCCAGUUAAUGGCCCUGAAUUUUCCAAUGGCUUUAGCACGCAAAGCCAUCCAAACGGGGAAAAAAGGCCUCUUGGUUGUGAUGAGAGAGCUAUAUAUGAAGAAGCGCUACAGCAUAUCAGUCAGGAAACAAAGGAAGAAGAUCUGCCUGAAGGUGUUUUGUCCAUAUCACUCCUUAAGCAUCAGAGAAUAGCACUAGCUUGGAUGCUCUCCAAGGAGAAUAGUUCGCAUUGUCCAGGUGGAAUUUUGGCAGAUGAUCAGGGUCUUGGGAAGACAAUAUCAACAAUUUCCCUAAUACAAAAGGAGAGGGUUCAGCAGUCUAACUUCAUGUCUGCUGAUUCCGACAGUAAAAAUUCUGUGCCAUUAGACCUUGAUGAUGAUGAUAUAGUGAUGGCAAUGGACAAGAAGGAACCCUCAGACAGUCUUGAUCAUGAGCUCUGUUCUAGUUUGUCGGGGAGUGCUUUUAAUAAUAUGGCCAAGAAUGUUAAAGUUGAGCCCAGGAAGAAGGCCAGAGUGGGUUCUGCAUCAAUCUCGAGGUCUGCUACUAGACCAUCUGCAGGAACACUGGUGGUUUGUCCGGCUAGCAUUCUUAAGCAGUGGGCUAGUGAGAUCAAAGCCAAGGUUACUGAAAGUUCUAGAUUAUCUGUUUUGGUUUAUCAUGGAAGUUCAAGGACUACAAAACCAACUGAGUUGGCAAAAUAUGAUGUUGUUGUGACCACAUAUACCAUUGUAGGCCAAGAAGUGCCCAAACAAGACUCUGAUGAUGACAUGGAGCCAAAUAUCGAUGAAAAGUAUGGGAUAUGUCCAGAUUUUGCUGCUCGUAAGAAAAGAAAACUGUCUAAACAGACCAAGAAAAAGGCAAUAAAGAAAAAGAAGCUUAGCAGUUCCGACGCUGACCUGGGUGGUGGCCCACUUGCCAGAGUGAGAUGGUUUAGAGUUGUGCUUGAUGAAGCUCAAACAAUAAAAAAUCACCACACUAAAUCUGCUAGAGCCUGUUGUGGACUAAAAGCAAAAAGGAGAUGGUGCUUAUCGGGUACACCUAUGCAAAAUACAAUUGACGAUCUGUACAGUUAUUUCCGCUUUUUGAAAUAUGAGCCGUAUUCUUCAUUUAGUUUGUUCCGCUCAAUGAUAAAGGGCCCAAUAUCUAGAGGCUCAAGUCAGGGAUAUAAGAAACUUCAAACUGUCCUGAAGAUAAUUCUGCUGCGGCGUACAAAAGAAACACUACUUGAUGGAGAACCAAUUAUAAAAGUACCUCCAAAGACAAUAGAGCUGAAGAAAAUAAAUUUCACACAAGAGGAGCGGUAUUUCUAUUUGGCUCUUGAAGAAGGUUCUCGGGAAAAGUUCAAGGAAUUUGCUGCUGCUGGAACAAUAAAACAAAACUAUGCAAACAUUCUUGUAUUGCUGCUGCGGCUUCGGCAAGCUUGUGAUCACCCUUAUCUUCUGAAGGAUAUGAGCAAUAAAACAAAUUAUACUGACCCAGCUUCCAUAGAAAUGGCAAAACAACUUCCUAGGGAAAUAGUGAUGAAUUUGCUCGAAAAGCUGGAAGUACGGCGACCAAUUUGUAUGAUAUGUGCGGAGCAUAGAAAUAAUGGGAUGGAAUCUCGCACAGGACCAAAGGAACCACCGGAGAAUGCUGUUAUAACAACAUGCUGCCAUAUUUUCUGCUAUGAAUGUGCACAAGAGAGCUUAAGUGAAGAGGAAGUCUGCCCUGUUUGCAAACAGAAAUUAUGUUCUGAAUUGCUUUUUUCACGCCCAGUACUAAGGCUCUGUAUCUCUGAUGAGUUGGAGUCAUAUGCAACAGCAGCAGGAGAUAGUUCUGCAGCAGCAGCAGCAGCCGCAGAUAGUUCUGUAGUGGUAGCAGCAGCUGCAGAUAGUUCUGCAGUGGUAGCAGCAGCAUCAGCAGCAGAUAGUUCUGCAGCAGCAGCAGCAGCAUCAGCAGCAGAUAGUUCUGCAGCAGCAGCAGCAGCAGAUGAAUCAUCCUCGAUUUGUGAAGCCAGUUACAUCUCCUCAAAGAUCAAGGGUGCCGUUGACACGCUGAAAUCAAUCUUCAACACACAUGGCCCUGCUGAUAGUGAUACUCCUAAGGCAAUAGUCUUCUCCCAGUGGACUGGUAUGCUGAACGUCCUGGAGCUUUCACUGAAUAGCAAUUUCAUAAACUUCAGAAGGCUUGAUGGGUCAAUGUCCCUUGACGAUAGAGAAGAAGCAGUGCAAGAGUUUAAGGCUGACCCAGAGGUUAGAGUGAUGCUCAUGUCACUGAAGGCUGGUAAUCUUGGCCUAAACAUGAUAGCUGCUAGCCAUGUGAUCAUGCUCGAUCCCUGGUGGAACCCUUACGCUGAGGACCAGGCAGUUGAUAGAGCCCACAGAAUCGGCCAGACACGUCCUGUGACUGUCACUCGUUUCACAGUCAAUGGCACGGUGGAAGAUCGAAUCUUAGCUCUGCAGGCGAAAAAAAGAGAGAUGGUAGAAUCAGCUUUCGGCGAGAAAUCAGGUGGCAUCUCAACUCGGCUCACCGUGGAAGAUCUCGGAUAUCUCUUCAACAUAUAGGGAGCUGAUCGCGGGCCUUGGCGUCAGCUAUUGUGCAAAGCUUGUUUUGCACAGGUUUUUGGAGCACCUGUCGUUCGAUUAUUUUGCAGCGGUGUUAUUGUGGAGCCGGUUGGCUCAUGUAAUUAAUUUACGCCCAAAGGUCUGCUGACCCUAGAAAGUCUCACGUAUCUAGAUAAGAAACCCUUGUCUCUUGAUAUGACAUGUGGGCAAGAUGAUUCGUUUUGAUUUGUAUGCUCUCAUUUGAGAAAGGGAAAACAUGAUGUUAUGGUCGUACCUUUGGUCAAACUUGAUGACUUUGAUGAUAUACAUAAACUUGUGUUUAAGUUA